AUGGAACUGUGUGGAAACCCCGAUUGUCUAAGCAAAAACCGAGUUCCGGAAAACAAUGUGAGCCUCAACCAAUGGAUCAACAGUUCGCUAAGCUAUUCAAUGAGCUACACUCGUUACAUAUGCAAACUGUUCGUUUGCGUUUCAUGGCGGAUGGAGUAUUCCAACGGUGAUCCCACAUCAUAUCGAGUACGCCCUAUGAUGAGCGUGUGUGCAAAACGGUGGGGAGAUUGUACCGGAACCAAGGAAAAACCGGACAAAUUCGAAAUAACGUACGGCAAACAGCAGCUGGUCCUACAGGUAAAACAUGUUUCCAACCCAAGGGUCGGAUGCAAGUAUCGUCAAAUACAUUCGACAAAGCGAUGGAACACAGGGGCCGUCGAUUGUUUCCUGUUGCUUGUUUUCCUUGGCAACGAUACAUGUCAAUUGCAAGCUGGCCAGCUGCAGGAUAGACGGACUCCAAAGCUAGCAACUGUAACGCCUAAAGGGGGAGCAGAAAAGAAGAGCAUAGAUGAUGGGAAACGGGACCAGAUGCAAUGUCGAGAAAUAGGGCAACAACUACUGUCAAUGAACUAA